AUGGACAACAAGGAGACCUACGAGCAAGUCAGCAAGCACUAUAGUGCCGCAUCCCAGGGCAAAAGUGAAAAGUAUGGCGCGGCUGUGGCCAAGUCCUUUGGAUAUUCCGAGGAGGAGCUUGCGGCUAUUCCUGAGGGCUCCAAUCUCGGCCUGAGCUGUGGGAAUCCCUUGGCUAUUUCUAGUAUACGUGAGGGCGAGACGGUCAUUGACUUGGGAAGCGGUGCCGGCUUCGAUGUAUUUCUCGCCGCCAGCAGAGUCGGUGCGACGGGCCGUGUCAUCGGCGUCGAUAUGAACAAGGACAUGCUCGCCCGCGCCAACAAAAUCAAAGCACAGACGGGCAGGACCAACGUCGAGUUCGUGGAAUCGGGCAUCACCGACAUGGCGGCCCUCGAUGCCGGCAUCGCCGACUGCAUCAUCUCCAACUGCGUGAUCAAUCUCGUGCCCGAGACGGACAAGCCCCUCGUUUUCGCCGAGAUGUCCCGCCUCCUCAAGCCGGGCGGCCGCAUCGCCGUGUCGGACAUCCUGGCGAAGAAGGAGCUGCCACAGAAGCUCAAGUCCGACUUGGCCAUGUAUGUCGGCUGCAUCGCCGGCGCGAGCAUGGUCGCUGAUUAUGAGCGGUAUCUGAGUGAUGCUGGGUUUGGAGAUGUCUUGAUCGCCAACACAAACAGCAAUCUUAACGUGUACGUCCAGACGGACGAAGAUGGCUCCACGAAGGCAAAUUCUUGCAACGCCGAGACGCAGCCCAAGUCGACCUCUGCCUCCGGGGCGGCGGGCUGCUGCGGUGUGCAAGAGGGCAAGACACCUGGAAAUAUUGCAGACACUGAUUUGAAUGAAUGGGUUGGGUCGUUCAAAAUCUAUGCCGUCAAGAACUGA